UGCCAUUGAGCUGGAAAUUACAAAAGAAAAAAAAAAUUGAAGCGAAUAAAAUAUUUAAUGUAUUAUUUUCAGGUGAACAUUUAAUUAGUUCCCAAAGUCUUCGUGUACUAUAUAUCUUUAUUUUGUUUUCCGUUUAAUUCAAAAGAAAUUCCAAACACACAAGAAACAUCAUCUCAUUUCCUUGACCAACGCUCAAUGGUGGAUCCAGCAAGAGCACGACAACCUCAAGUGUUUGUCAAUUCAGGCGCAACCGAGUUACCUGAUGAUUUCAUCAAACAUCUCAUGUCGGGCUUGACCGAUCUAGGGAUACUCAACGUGUUCAUGGACAGAGACGAAUGGUGGGGAAGAGACCUAGACCGUAUAUUCACCUGCAUCGAGGAGUCAACAGUUGCGCUCGCUAUCUUCUCACCGUGUUAUCCAGAGACAGAGUGGUGCUUGGACGAGCUUGUUAAAAUGAAGGAACGAGCAAACAAAAAGAAACUCUUGGUAAUUCCUAUCUUCUUUAACGUGAGCAAGAACGACGUGAGAAACUUUGAGGGAGAGUUUGGAGAUCGAUUCAUGGAGCUGAGAAAAAGAUAUGCGAAAUUCAAAUACGAUCCUUUUAGGGUUCAAAGAUGGGAGACGUCGGUGAUGACUAUUUCAAGAAUGGAGCCCAGUUUGACGUGGGAAACACAAAGCUCGAGUAUCCCUCUUGCCAUGGAUAUCAUUAGGGAGGUUAAGAAGGAGCUAGACAUAGCCUCGAACCCGGGAUUCUCCUUGCCCUUAGAGUUCCACAACCACUCGCAUUUAGAAUUGACGAAUGGAGAAGUGUUUGUUUCUGCUUUGCUUGUGGCUUUUCUCUUAAGACUCUUCAUAGCUCGUCUUGUUUUCACAGAUAUGACCAUUUUCGGUACUGCAAAGUGGUUAGUAGGUUUCCCAGUUACGAUUGUUGUAUUAUACCAGUUACAUUGUGCAUUGACACAACAAAACAGACGAGCACAUGAUGCUUGAUUAUUAGAGAUCACGCGGUUAUGCUGUUUUCUUGUGGCAUUGGUGGUGUGUUAUUUAUUACUCUGUUACAUUUUCAUUGGAUUGUAAGUGUUUUAGUUUGUGUGAUUUUGAGCAUUAUGGAAAUUAAGAGAAGAGUACAUGUU